AUGGUGACACCAGGCCCAAAAUUGAGUGGUGCCCAAUGUGACCAAGCCAAAGCUCUCUGUCUAGAUUUUGUCAAGCAUCAAUAUGGUGAUGUUGGGCGUGAGUUAUUUAGAGACUCUCUGCUUGAGAUGGGAUUGGGCGUGGUUCCUGCUGAUGAAGAUGAUUCCAGUGAUGAAGAUGAUUCGGCAGAAAGCACCUCCAAGGAAGAAAGCGAGGAUGAAGAUGAAGAAAAGAAGCCCAAGACAAAGACAGUGAAGGAAACAACUUAUGAAUGGGAACUUUUAAAUGAUGUUAAAGCUAUAUGGCUGAGGAAUCCAAAGGAGGUUACAGAAGAAGAAUACACCAAAUUUUACCACUCUCUUGCCAAGGAUUUCAGUGAUGAGAAACCUUUAUCAUGGAGUCACUUCACUGCUGAAGGAGAUGUCGAGUUCAAGGCAGUUCUGUUUGUACCACCUAAGGCACCUCAAGAUUUGUAUGAGAGCUAUUAUAACGCAAACAAAUCCAACCUGAAGCUGUAUGUUAGACGAGUGUUCAUUUCAGAUGAAUUUGAUGAACUGCUGCCUAAGUACCUGAACUUUUUGAGGGGUCUUGUUGAUUCUGACACAUUGCCACUUAACGUAUCGAGAGAAAUGCUUCAACAACACAAUAGUCUUAAGACAAUCAAGAAGAAACUUAUUAGAAAGGCCCUUGAUAUGAUCCGUAGGAUUGCAGAUGAGGAUCCUGACGAGUCCACUGACAAAGAAAAGAAAGGCAUGAUUCCAUCAGGAAGGCCCAACAUGAUAUCAAAACAAGCCAAAAUAGCAUCAGAAGACCCAAAGCUCAAAAAGACAGAAUUAGGAGCUUAG